AUGGUUGAUACUGGUGCGGUCAAGAGGAAGGAUACUACAAAGGGUCCUCCUUUACGUAUAUUAUCUCUAGAUGGAGGUGGUGUACGAGGAUAUUCUAUGCUCAUAAUUAUUCAAGAGCUCAUGCAUAGAACCUAUGUCGAAAUCGAAGGAAAAGCGCCCCGACGAGAUCAAAUCCCAAAACCUGCCGACCAUUUCGAUUUAAUAUGUGGUACAGGAACAGGCGGUUUGAUAGCGAUUAUGCUUGGCAGAUUGCGAUUAGAUUUGGAGACUUGUAAAGAAGUUUAUGUGCGAAUGACUAGGAAAGUUUUCGAAACGGACAAAACAAUUGCGGGUAUACCAUAUCGAUCGACUCUAUUCAAGGCUUCGAAGUUGGAGGAAGCGAUCAAGGAGUGUGUGAGAGAACACACAUUAUUCGAGAAGGAAGGAAAUGAUGGGGAUAAAUCCGCGCCAGCAUCUGCAUUUCCCGGAAGUCCGAUAAGUCCAUUCAGCCCGGCAGCGAGAUCAGAACCAAGACGACAUUCAAGUAAUGCUAGUGUCGCAAGUUUCAGUAAUAGAAACCCCGCCAGCUACCAAAAUAAACCAUACAUGUCGUCGAGGUGGGGAAAUCCUAACGCUAGAUUAUAUGACAAUCGCCCAGAAAGGACUAAGACGGCUGUGACGGCAAUCUAUAAAGGUACACGCAAAGGUGGCGCGCCAGCCAUACUGAGAUCCUACGAUUCACGGAAAGAACCAUCACCUGAAUACGAUUGUAAAAUUUGGGAGGCAGGAAGAGCAACAUCAGCUACAGGACUCGCAUUCAAGCCUAUUCAAAUCGGACAAUCAGUGUUUAUAGACGAAGGAGCUGGACAAUAUAAUCCUGCGCCAUUCGCUCUCGAUGAAGCUACAGUCAAUGAAUGGCCUGGGCGAGAUGUCGGUGUAUUUGUUAGCAUAGGAACAGGAAAGAGACCCCCCGGAAGCGAUCAAAAUCAACAUAUGUGGUAUGAAGGUUUCUUGGGCGAGUUCGCAGAUGCAAGAAGACGAUUGAUUGCCAAAAUCGAAGGAUGCGAGAUCACACAUCAAUACAUGAAGGAAGAGCAUCUAAGCAAAAGAGGCGUCAAUAUUGAAAAUUAUUAUCGACUCAAUGUGGAGAUUGGUGUAGGAGAAUUUGGUAUGAACGAAUGGAACCGCCUCGCCGAUAUUAGCACUGGUACCCGAAGAUAUCUCGGCAAAAGUGAUGUUCAAAAAAUGAAUAUCGAAGCAGCUGUAAAAUUAUCAAAAAUUCACAGGGCAAUUCAGAGAGCUAAUGGUCACAUGAGGAUACCAUCAAUGGGUAAUAGAGGAGAGAGUUAUAAAAACUUACCCGAUGUUCCAGAAGCUAAUCCAUUGGCUGUGGAACUCCCAGCUGAAGUCCCUUUGACACCUGUUUCCGGUAAUGCAGCAUGGACACCAUCCCCGAGACCAAGUUACGAAUCAGGACAUCAUGAUAGUCUCGAAGUUGCACCUCUUGGUUCUAUCAAACACGAUCCUUUUUCGCCAGUCUCGUCUCCAGAUCACCAAUCACCACAUUCAUCUCCUUUGAAUCGUCCAGUAGACCAUGGCGAUCGAUUAAUGGUUAAUUCUCCAACUCCAUCACAAUAUCAUACGGCGUCUGGAUCUGAUAAAAUUGCAAUUAUGAGUUUGGAUGAAUAUCCUAGACCAGAAAUUAGAAUCUCGGAUCCGCCGCCAAGAAACCCGAGAAGAGUCUCAGGUCCACCACCGGUACCACCAAAGACACCGAUUAAUGGGGAGAGGCCUGGAGAUGCUAUGCAGAGAAGACCUAUUGGAAACGGAAAUGGCAUUGUGGCGCCUUAUCCAUUAGAAGAUGGACCGCCGCCAGUAGUUAAUAUGGCAAGAAAACCUAAUUAUGGAAGGUAG